AUUGUGAAGUAUGGUUACGCCCCUCCCCUAACCGGAAGUUGAGUUUAUCCUGUGCAGCCAGUUCCUUCCUAGUUACGUUAAGUUCAGUUCGUGAUGUCCAAGUUCAAAACAGUAAUUUGGCCUAAAGUGAUUUUAUUUGGGGACUCCAUCACACAGUUUUCAUUUCAAGCCAAUGGUUGGGGUGCAGAAAUUGCCAACAAACUAGCAAGAAAGUGUGAUGUUGAAAACAGAGGACUGUCUGGCUACAACUCCAGAUGGGCAAAGAUAGUUCUUCCUCGCCUCAUCAACAGCCCAAACUCAGCAGACAACAAAAUAGCUGCUGUCACUGUCUUCUUUGGAGCCAACGACUGCGCGCUGGAAGAUAAAAACCCCCAGCAGCACGUCCCCCUGCAGGAGUAUUCAGAGAACCUGAAGGAGAUCACCAGGCUCCUGGCGUCAGCUGGAGUGUCAGCAGACAGAGUUAUCUUCAUCACCCCUCCACCUGUUCAUGAGCCAGCCUGGGAGAAGGAGUGCAUUUUGAAAGGAUGUUCCCUCAAUCGCCUCAACUCUGUAGCGGGGCAGUAUGCUCAGGCGUGCGUCCAGGCUGCUGGUCAGUGUGGUACGGAUGUCCUGGACCUCUGGACACUCAUGCAGAAAGAUGGACAGGACUACAUGGCCUACCUGUCUGACGGGCUCCAUCUCUCAGAGAAGGGAAACAAGUUUGUGGCUCAGCACCUGUGGGGACUGCUGGAGAGUCGUGUGGCCGACCUGCCGUUCAUCCUGCCCUACUGGGGAGAUAUCGAUGCCAAGAGCCCCGAGAGCAGCCUCCUCUGUGACCAGUGAAGGAGAGGAGGUUGGAAAACAUCUUCCUUUAAAAAGGUCCUACAGGGCAGAAUAUUCUGUGGAGAACAAAACACUCACCAGCAUUCAUGCGUUGCACUUGUUAAACUGGGAGGCUGACACUGGAAUGCAUUCCUGCUAUGAAACAAUGAAACAGUUAUGAUUUGUAGUUGUCAAAUGCAAGACCAUGUAUUCAUGUUUAAAAUGCACAAUAAAGAUUUUUAUUUUGA